AGCGCGGCCACGACAGCGGCGGCGCGUGGGACUCGAGGCGGUCGCGCUGCGGGCGUAGGGCGUUCCUAGGUCUGCGGGUCCUCCUCGGGUCCCUCCAAUCCGCGCUUUUCCCCGGUAUUAUGGGGGACAACACCAGCCCCAUCAGCGUGAUUCUGGUGAGCUCGGGCAGCAGGGGCAAUAAACUGCUGUUCAGGUACCCCUUCCAGAGAAACCAGGAGCACCCGGCGUCCCAGACAAAUAAGCCACGUAGCAGAUAUGCUGUUAACAACACUGGCGACCAUGCUGAUGACCAGGACGGUGACUCCAGGUUUUCAGAUGCUAUUCUGGCAACAAUUUUGGCAACCAAGUCUGAAAUGUGCGGCCAAAAAUUUGAACUGAAGAUCGAUAAUGUGCGGUUUGUUGGGCACCCGACACUGCUGCAGCAUGCUCUGGGGCAGGUCUCCAAAACAGAUCCAUCCCCGAAGAGGGAAGCACCUACCAUGAUUCUUUUUAAUGUGGUAUUUGCGCUGCGGGCCAAUGCUGACCCAUCCGUGAUAAACUGUCUGCACAACCUGUCCCGGCGCAUUGCCACUGUGCUGCAGCAUGAGGAGCGCCGCUGCCAGUACCUCACCCGAGAGGCCAAGUUGAUCCUUGCACUACAGGAUGAGGUGUCUGCUAUGGCUGAAGCAAAUGAAGGUCCUCAGUCUCCAUUCCAUCAUAUCCUGCCCAAGUGCAAGCUGGCCAGAGACCUCAAGGAAGCUUAUGACAGCCUGUGUACGUCUGGUGUGGUGCGACUCCAUAUCAACAGCUGGCUGGAAGUGAGCUUCUGCUUGCCCCACAAGAUCCACUAUGCCUCCUCGAGCCUGAUCCCUCCUGAGGCCAUUGAACGGAGCCUGAAAGCCAUCCGCCCAUAUCACGCCCUGCUGUUGCUCAGUGAUGAGAAGUCCCUGCUGAGUGAGCUGCCCAUCGACUGUUCCCCAGCUCUGGUGCGGGUGAUCAAGACCACAUCUGCUGUGAAGAACCUGCAGCAGCUAGCCCAGGAUGCUGACCUGGCCUUGCUGCAGGUUUUCCAGCUUGCAGCUCACCUGGUGUAUUGGGGCAAGGCUGUCAUCAUCUACCCACUGUGUGAGAACAAUGUCUACGUGCUGUCUCCCAAUGCCAGCGUGUGUUUGUAUUCUCCGCUGGCUGAGCAGUUCUCCCGCCAGUUCCCAUCGCAUGACCUGCCGUCCGUCCUGGCCAAGUUCUCGUUGCCCGUCUCCUUGUCAGAGUUCAGGAACCCACUGGCGCCGCCUGUGCAAGAGACCCAGCUCAUUCAGAUGGUUGUAUGGAUGCUACAGCGCCGGCUCCUCAUCCAGCUGCACACCUAUGUCUGCCUGAUGGCCUCACCUAGUGAAGAGGAGUCCCACCCACGGGAGGAUGAUGUCCCCUUCACUGCCCGGGUUGGCAGCCGCAGUCUCAGCACGCCCAACGCCCUGAGCUUUGGCUCCCCAACCAGCAGCGAUGACAUGACCCUCACUAGCCCCAGCAUGGACAACUCCAGUGCAGAGCUGCUCCCUAGCGGGGACUCGCCACUGAACAAAAGGAUGACAGAGAACCUCCUGGCCAGCUUGUCCGAGCAUGAGCGGGCAGCCAUCCUCAGCGUGCCUGCAGCCCAGAACCCUGAGGACCUCCGCAUGUUUGCCAGGCUGCUUCACUACUUCCGAGGCCGCCACCACCUGGAAGAGAUCAUGUACAACGAGAACACUCGGCGCUCCCAGCUGCUCAUGCUCUUUGACAAGUUCCGCAGUGUGUUGGUGGUGACCACCCAUGAGGACCCCGUCAUUGCUGUGUUCCAGGCUCUGCUCACGUGAGCCCAGGAGGAUGCAGAAGCUGCUGGAGUGCGUGGGAGGGCCUAAGCCUCUCCUACCCUGGGGCUCCCUCCAUACCAGGCCUGAGCCCUCUUAUCCCUGAGGCGUGGCACAGGUAGAAAGCCAGCAGGGCUUUGUCCUCCUGGCUGCAGGUGCCUCAGUCUGGCUUAGCAGUAGCUGUGGGAACACUGCUCUGCUCUUAAUCUCUCAUCUGGUCCUUCCAACAGUCUUAGCAUCACCGAGCUGUGGGGACUUCCAGGACUCAUGGUGAAAUGAGUCCUUCCACAUGUAUAGGGGCUGUGGGUUUCUUUGCCUCUUCCCAACCCCACCGUGUUUCCUAUCACCUGCCCCAUGUGGCCGCCGUGGAAUAUUUGCAGCAGCACUUGUUUGAUCCACCCCUGCCCCUCUGACAGCCUGCAGCAUGUGAGGUCUGAGUGCCUGUCCUGUCCCACGGGGCCCCUUCAUCCAUCACGGCUGCUGUUCACUGUGCUCCAUUCCUCUCAGCUUGCCAUGCAUCUCCUGGCCUGGUCCUUACUACAGCCCUGUGUAUGUCACCAGCAGGCCCAGCUAAGCUAUCACCUUUUUGAGGACCAAGGUUAGGCCCACCUGGGCUGGAGCAGCUCAUGGCAGGUGGUAGUUUGAGCUGCUCUGAGGGGUAUGCAUGCACUGUUUUUGGGGUCCACACACACAGGGCCCCUAGAUCUCCCAUCCUAGAGGAAGAUAUAGCACACACACAUGCUGAUUACCCAGGGAGUUCUGGUAGACACAUGAACAAUAGUUUUAUAGAAAAAAAGUAUUUAUUUGGCUUUUAAACAAUUAAAAAGCCUGUCUAAGCAGGCUCUUUGCUCAGG